AUGGAUCCGAAGGAAGGGAAGCCCUCUGAGGAUGGGACCACUGUCUCCCCAACCACAGAGGAGCCUGAGACACCAGGAAGUGGAGUGUCUGUAGAGGAAGAAACUAAAGACACAGCUGGGAUGAACGCCAAAGAGGGGCCUCCAGAAGGGGCAGACAUGCAAGAACAAGCAUCAGCUGAGGAGGGUGUUUCAGCAGAAUUCCAGGGGGAAGCAAAUGGGUUACCUGAGGUCAAGGUGGAAUCCCACAAGGAGAAUGGUGGGAAUGAAGGAGCCCAGGCUGAACUUGUAAAGGAGGAUGGUAGAAAGGAAGAGGCUACAGUGGCUUCUGAAGAGGUGACUGACAGGAAGGAAGAGUCCGAACCUGAAUCCAAGGAGGCUGAGCAAAAUGAGCAGGCCACACUGGUCUUUGAGAAGCAGAAGGCUGAUGAAAAGGGGGCCGAGCCCCAAUCUGUGGAGAAAGCUGAUGCGAAUGACGGAGACAAGCAUGAACUCGGGGAGGCUGUUGGGGAGGAGGCUGCAGACAAAGGGGCCAACACUGAAUCUCAGGAGCAGGACGACGUGAAAGAUGAGGCCAAGGCUGAGCCCCAAGAGGCUGAUGGAAAAGAGGAGAAUGAAAGUGAUACAAAGGAGUUGGUGGAGCCAGGAGGCAUCUCUGAAGAACAGGCGCAAGACACGGAGAGAGAGUCAGAGGAGGGAGCAGUGGAAACUCCCAGCUCUCCAGAGGAGUGGCCUGAGAGCCCCACUGCAGAGGGCCACGGCCUUAGCCCCGAUGGGGUGGGUCCAGACUUCUCAGCUUCCGGAGAGACCAGUCCUUCAGCCAGCGAGUCUUCACCCAGCGAUGUGCCUCAGAGCCCCACAGAGUCCCCUCCCUCUGAGGAGAAGAAGAAGGAAAGGGCCCCAGAGCGCCGGGUGUCCGCUCCGGCGCGGCCCCGGGGGCCUCGUGCACAGAAUCGCAAAGCCAUCGUGGACAAGUUUGGCGGGGCAGCCUCAGGCCCCACUGCCCUGUUCCGGAACACGAAGGCAGCAGGGGCAGCCAUUGGCGGGGUCAAGAACAUGCUCUUGGAGUGGUGUCGAGCCAUGACGAGAAACUACGAGCACGUAGACAUCCAGAACUUCUCCUCCAGCUGGAGCAGCGGCAUGGCCUUCUGUGCCCUCAUUCACAAGUUCUUCCCUGAUGCCUUUGACUACGCGGCACUGGACCCCACGAAGCGCAGGCACAACUUUACCCUGGCCUUCUCCACCGCAGAGAAACUAGCUGACUGUGCCCAACUGCUGGAAGUGGAUGACAUGGUCAGGCUAGCAGUGCCCGACUCCAAGUGCGUCUAUACCUACAUCCAGGAGCUAUACCGCAGCCUCGUGCAGAAAGGGCUGGUGAAGACCAAGAAGAAGUGAGCUGACUGGUCGGGGCGGGGGUGGGAGGGGGGAAUGCAGAGGCGGACAGAGCCCAGCAGAGAGCAGUGGCCCUGGGCUGGCUUCUGUUCCAUGCAGCAGCAGAGCCAGGUUGCGGGAGGGGACAGGUGGCACCAGCUUCAGUGGCAUUAAAAGUAGUUUUGUAAACCCUUGUGUCACUUCACAGUGCUAUCCCCACCAUGACACACAGUGAUCAAUAGGUGGUGGCCAAAGAUCAAAGUGGAGCCUACAUUUCAAUCCAUGUACUCACACUCAAGUCACACUGCCUCUGGUGGGGGGGGGGACCCCAGGACAGGGAAGAAGAUUCUGAGUGAGGUAGUUUUUUGUUUGUUUGCUGGCUUGGUUUGGUGCCGUUCCUGUGGCUGAACCUCAGGGCCUUG